CAUCAAGAUGGCGGCUGGGCUGCGGAAACGCGGCCGCGCUGGGGCUGGCGCCGCGGCCCGGGCAGCAGGUCGCUGCGAGCAAUGGCUGCGGCGGGCCUGGCAAGAGCGGCGCCUGCUGCUGGUGGAGCCUCGCUACACGCUGCUGGUGGCCGCCUGCCUCUGCCUAGCGGAGGUGGGCAUCACCUUCUGGGUCAUUCACAGGGUGGCAUACACAGAGAUCGACUGGAAGGCCUACAUGGCUGAGGUGGAGGGUGUCAUCAAUGGUACCUAUGACUACACACAACUGCAGGGUGACACUGGACCUCUUGUGUACCCGGCUGGCUUUGUGUACAUCUUCAUGGGGCUGUACCAUGCUACUGACCGGGGCACGGACAUCCAUGUGGCCCAGCACAUCUUCGCUGUGCUCUACCUGGCCACCCUGCUGCUUGUCUUCUGGAUCUACCACCAGACCUGCAAAGUUCCUCCCUUCGUGUUUUUCUUCAUGUGCUGCGCCUCGUACCGUGUGCACUCCAUAUUUGUGCUGAGGCUGUUCAAUGACCCUGUGGCUAUGGCGCUGCUCUUUCUCAGCAUCAACCUCCUGCUGGCCCAGCGCUGGGGCUGGGGCUGCUGCUGUUUCAGCCUCGCUGUCUCCGUGAAGAUGAACGUGCUGCUCUUUGCUCCCGGCCUUCUGUUCCUUCUCCUCACGCAGUUUGGCCUCCGUGGGGCCCUACCCAAGCUGAGCCUGUGUGCUGCCCUUCAGGUGAUCCUGGGGCUGCCCUUCCUGUUGGAAAACCCCGUUGGCUACUUGUCCCGUUCCUUUGACCUCGGCCGCCAGUUUCUCUUCCGUUGGACAGUAAAUUGGCGCUUCCUUCCCGAGCCCCUCUUCCUGCACCGAGCCUUCCACUUGGUCCUGCUGGCUGCGCACCUCCUCCUGCUCCUGCUCUUUGCCCUCUGCAGGUGGCACAGGACCGGGGAAAGUAUCCUGUCGCUGCUGAAGGACCCCUCCAAAAGGAAGGUCCCUCCCCAACCCCUCACUUCCAAUCAGAUCGUUUCCACUCUCUUCACCUCCAAUUUUAUUGGCAUCUGCUUCAGCCGCUCCCUCCACUACCAGUUCUACGUCUGGUACUUCCACACACUGCCCUACCUCCUGUGGGCCAUGCCUGCUCGCUGGCUCACACACCUAUUCAGGCUGCUGGUGCUGGGGCUCAUCGAGCUCUCGUGGAACACGUACCCAUCCACGUCCUGCAGCUCAGCAGCCCUGCACAUGUGCCACGCCGUCAUCCUGCUGCAGCUCUGGCUGGGGCCUCAGCCCUUCCCCGAGAGCACGCAGCACAGCAAGAAAGCCCACUGAAGCCCACCCUGUGCCCUCGACCACUGAAGACCCUGGGGAGACGGACUCUGCCCUUCCAAUAAAUCUUGCACGGCCA